CCUUUGUUAAGAUUGAGAAAGAACAACUUCAUGUUUGUACAAUUGUACGAGUACAAGAAGAGAGAGAGAGAGAUAAACAGGGAGAGCGCAUUGUAUUCUCAUUUCCAAUUGCUAUGAGAAAGGGCUUUCAGGUGGCAUGAAGUGGCCAUGGAAUCUUUGAAUUCACUCAGACUCACAUUUAUAUGCUUCCCAGUUCCCACAACAAACACGUCACUAUUCAACAAGAACAAACCAACUCUCACUCUACAUAUAGAAACUAGAGAGAGAGAGAGAGAGCGAAAGAGGGCUUUGUUUCAGAUUACUGGCAUUGUCUUCAUCUUUUACUACUUUGAAUAUCGAUGCGUUGGAGAUAUAAUAGAGGGCUUUCUUUUACAGUCAUUGUUCUCGUUAUGUGGGUCACCUAUGCAGAAAUCACUCGGGGUAUUUGCGAAGAGUACAAACAUCCAUUUAUAAUGGCAUAUCUCGGAACCUCUCUUUUGGUACUUUAUCUUCCUGUAGCAUCAAUUACGAGUUGGUUAUAUCUUCUGCUGAGGUAUCUAUCUUGUAGAAUUAGUGACAGAACAUGCACGAACAAACGUUGCCAGUACAACAGUAUUGUUCUCAACUUAGGACUUUUUACUCUUUUCAUUGGUGCAGCUCUGGGCCACUCAAUCAAUGCAGCAAAAGUAGUUUCUGUGGUAAUCAGCAUGGCUGGUGUUGCCAUGACAACGCUUGGGAAGACUUGGUCUACAGAUGGAUCUCAACUAAGCAAAUCAACAAAUGGGAAGCAUUCACUUGUGGGGGAUCUUUUUGCUAUUCUCUCAGCUCUAACUUUGCUUCUUAAGAAGUUUACUGGAGAAGGAGGAGAAAAGGUGGACAUGCAAAAGUUAUAUGGAUAUAUUGGAUUAUUCUCUCUUGUUGCCCUUUGGUGGCUCAGUAAUAUGGCCUCACCUCUGACUGCCAUGGGUAUUGAACCCGAAUUUACAAUCCCUCACUCGGCUAAAAUGGAAGGUAUUCUUUUUGCGAACUGCUUUGUUGGAAGUUUCCUCUGUGAUUAUUUCUGGGCGUUAGGCGUCGUCUGGACCACCCCACUGGUGGCAGCAUUAGGUGUGUCACUCACCAUACCGCUUGCCAUGUUGGCAGACAUGGUGGUCCAUGGCCAGCACUAUUCAGCCAUUUAUAUCAUUGGCUCAGCUCAGGUUUUUGUGGGGUUUGUCAUGGUUAACUUCUCGAAUUGGUUCUCGCAAAAGCUAAAGUUGCUACCAUUUAUCAAUUAAUUAAGAUAAAUCUUUAUACCGUUGUUCUUCCUUUGGAUUUUUAUAUACUGACAUGUUAGUGUAAAAUAGACUACUUGUGAGUUUUGCCUUCAAAAGUAAAACAACUGUAUUGUGAACGUCGUCGACGAUGGCUGAAGGGGAAAAAAUAUAGGGUCUGCUUGAUUUGUAACUCUGAAAACAAUUCUUAAUACUUUAGAAAACAGAAAAUAAUUUUCAAAGAACUUAAAACAGGCUUUUUUAUAAUUGAGUUUUCAUAAAACAGUUUUAAGAAAAUUGAACCAAGCAGAAUUUUUUUCUGUUUUCAGAGUAACAAACCAAGCAGACCCAUAGUUUUCCCUUACCUGACUUGGUUUCUUUAAGGCUUUUUAAGCCUUUCGUUUCACAAAGAUGUGAUCAAACUGGAAUGGUGCUGCAUGAUUUCAUCAUAGUGUAGGUGACCUUAAAUACUAGUAUAUAGUUUGAGUAAUAAUUAAGUCAAGUUUAGAUAAACCUCCUCCCUGUUGGUGUUAACAGUUUGCUGGGUCCUUCAAGCAUGAAAUUGGCAUUACAAUCUUAUAAAUCUAGAUGUUCUAAAUCUAAAAAUCCCAAGGGAUCUGAGGCCACAACUAAUAUAGAAAAAAAUUAAAUUCCCUGUGUUAUAUUCGGCUGCAUGCAUGGAAUUGGAGAAGUUCAAUUUUAUGUAAUGUUUAAUCAAAAAUUUUCUUUAAUUUUAUCAAUUUUAAUUAUAAUUCUAAUGCUCCAAUUCUAUGCAGUGAUGUAGGUAUUUUGCAAUCUUUUUGUUAUUUCAGUUCCAAACAAAGUCUAGGGAAACAAUGCCUUGCAAAUAUAUUAUGGACCAAAACCCAACCUGGACAGCCCAUGAGUAUAUGUCGUCAUAUUAUAAAAAAAAACAUUUUUAAUCAUUCUUUUGUAGCUCACAAACAAUAAUAAUUUAUAUGUUAGUGUAACAUGCUAUAGUCGUUGUGUGGAUGCACAUAGAUAGGUAGGAGAGUCCAAUGCCGUGUUUUGUCCUCAUACGCUAAUUUUCACAAUAGCAGCAAAGAUAGUACAAUAUAGUUGAAGAAAAAACACAAACCAUCACUCAUCUUCUUCUUAUUAUUAUUAUGUGUUGAAACAUAUUUUUACUAAUGCGAUCUUAUGAUGCGAAAAGGAAAAAGAGUCAUACGUUCAAAGGAAGUCCAUUUGUCGAAUGUUCCAUGCCAUGGGACCCACUGUCUCAACUCUCAAUUAAUAACCAAUCACACCAUGUUACUCCUCCUUGUGGGUUCCACAGUAGGACUUGAGGUUGUAUAUAUCAUAGAAUUUGGUGUCAACAAAUUCUUUGGAGGCCCCACCUUCUACUAAUACAAUUUUACAAAAUGAAAAUCGUUUGAUGAAUUGUCAAUGAAAAAAAAAAAAAAAAAGUGCAGGUAAGCAACUUAACAAAAGUCUCUUCUUUUACAUCUGUCAAUGAAAAAAAAAAAAAAGUGCAGUAGAGCAACUUAACAAAGUCUUUUCUUUAGGAUAUGUUUGGAUAAAUAGGGGAGAAAAGAAAAGAAAUGAUAGUAUUAAUUAGGAGAGAAAAGAAAUGAAAUGAUAGUAAUAAUUUAUAUUCGUGUUUGGAUAGAUAGGGGAUAAAAAAAAAGAAAUGAUAGUUAUUCUCGUUUGGAUAAGAUAGAUGAGAGAAAAGAAAAGAAAGGAUAGUAAUUGAAUUACCGUCCUACCCUUUCAUUACCACUUCAUACAUUAUCCAUUUCCAAAAUCUUGUUUCUUUUUUAUAGUUCAAUGCAAUAGGUAAAAACAAGAGUAAAAAAUAAAAAUAAUACAUUAAACAAUAAAAUCACAAUUAUAGUACCUCAUCGUUGCCUAUCUUUAUACACCUCUGUUUUAUUGUGGUUUCAUCUGCAACUCCAAGCUCUUUAAGCAAGGUUAAGACAGUCAUAGUAGACAAGGGCAAUACUUGAAAGUCAUCAGUUUUCAUGAAACAAGAGGUGUCUCACAAAAACCUCUCCAACUGGAGGAACGGAGUUACUAUUUUCCAGUUUCACCAUAUAUUUUAUGGGGCUUCCACAACGGCAAUGAGUAGUUGGGUAAAAGGAAACAAAGUGCAUUACGUUCUCC